AUGAAAGCUAAAUCCCGUUCAGCAUGCGGUUACGAUGAGAUUCCGUAUUUUGUUCUGAAAUGUCCAGCUCUAAUUGCCAUAUUGAAAGAACUAUUUCAGUUGAUAUUUGAUACCGGCAUUAUACCAUCUAUAUGGAGGAAAUCAAUUAUAUGUCCCAUUUUGAAAGACCCAAUGUCAGAUCCACGUGUACCAUUACAUUAUAGAGGAGUCAUUUUAUUGUCAUGUUUUACAUGUACUACUGGAGUAAAGCAGGGAGAUUCGGCUUCCCCGACAUUAUACUCCAUUUUCGCAAAUGAUCAAGUGAAGGAGAUCAAUGACCUUGACCUUGGAUUUAACAUAGACGGAAGGAAGCUUUCGAUGUUACUAUAUGCAGAUGAUAUAGUAUGUAUCGCAAAAUCUGAAGAGGACCUCCAACGUAUUCUAGUGAAAGUUCGUGACUGGUGUAGACGGUGGCGAGUACUUAUUAAUACAGAGAAGUCCAAAUGUAUUCACUUCCGGAAAGGACGAUCAGCACGUACGGAUUUUCAAUUCAAAGUUGGUGGAAACGUACUAGAGCUUGUUGACAGCUACAAGUAUCUUGGCGUAACUUUUCGCAGUAACCAUGAUUUCACCAUGAAUGCGGAAUUGCUAGCUAAAAGUGCUGGUCAAGCUCUCGGUAAAAUUAUUGAAAAAUGCGAGAAAUGA